CCGCUAUAUAUACAUUUCUUCUUUAUUCUGUUUGUAUGACAUGCCCAUAUUAAGAGUGUCUUCCUUCUUCUGUAUAACUUUUAAAGGUCAGCCCACUAUGUAUAUAUGUCCCUGCUCAUCCUUAUCAUCAGACUUGCAGAAUAAACCAUUCUAACUACAGUUUGGUCUCUUCUCAUGUCUCCGGGUCGACCUGCUGAACUUUGCUGAAUCUGGUGCCUAAUUUAGGGGAAUCUUACACUGACCAUUUUGCUGAUCCUCAAAAGUCUUCUUGUCAGCAUUGAAGAUGUUUGCAAAAGCCACUAAGAACCUGCUCUCUGAGAUAGACUCUGAAGGUUUCCUGAUCCCAGUGUUGUGCCUGAAUGACUCAGAUGGUCUUAGUCCUCAGGCGCUGGUCAUCAAGCGUAACCGAUACUGGUUUUGGCAGCAACCCAAAUACAAGCCAACAGACUUCAAACUGAGUGAUGUUCUAGUUGGAGAUCCCAUAAAUCCAGUUGUGGUUGAAACUGAAUUUUUGACCUAUAAAGGCAAAGUUAUGGAUACUAAAAGUGGAAGUGCUGUAGCAGAACUUGGGCCAGGGACCAUUAAUAUAGGUGGCUCCGGAUCCAGCAAACUGCAGUCAUCAUUUGGAAACUUAAAGAAACAGGAGCUGGAUUUGCAGAAGCUCUUACAUGAUUCCAAAUCCAGAGUUCUAGACAUGCAGCACUCUCUGAUCCAGCAGACACGGAACGCAAAGACGGAGGUGUUGGCGGUAGUGAAGGAACGAAUCAUUACCACUCAGCCCUGCACCAUCACUGAGGAGGUUCAGGAAGGUGGUUCCUGCACUGGAAUGUUUGGGUUCAAUAAGACAAUAAAGGUUUCAUCUAAUGAUAAAGGAAAGCCUUCAAUUGCGUACGACACUGAUGUGUCUAUCGACAUCCCCCCCAAAACCACCCUUGCUUACAGCGUGAUUGAAUUAGACAUUGCUCACACAGGACACUAUGAACUGUGUCUGCUGCCAGCAGUCAAAGGUGGAUUUGAAAUUGAUGGCCCAGUCAAGGUGAAACAAGCAGUCACAGUUAGUGCUGCACCAGGGAAUCCAACCCACAACAUGCAGAAAGAACUUGUAGGACUCGAAGGCCAGUUUAAAGUUCUGUCUAAACUGCCGUCUAGCACACGCUUCUCGUUAUUCCAGCAGAUCUCUCUACUCCUGCAGAACAGCGCAGUCAUUAGCAUUUUGGGGAGCACACUAGAGGACCUGUGUGGAGGGACACAGCCUGAUCCCAGUACAUUAGCCGAGGUGCCUGAACUGAAGGUUACACUGGAGCUCAUACAGAAAAGUGCUGGUAAAAAACCCUCUGGACAACAUCAGAAGCAAAGCACACUUACUGCCACACACCUGCUCAUCAGUGCUCUAGACGAGAUGAGUAAGCCAGCACUCUUCCUGCUCAAAUCCUGCUGCAGUUACACAACCCUGCAAGCUCUGCUCCAUCUUGUGCAGAAUAUGGCUUUAAAUGAGAAAUCCUCUCUGAAAGACGCUGCUCUGGAUGUUUUAGCCGAUGAGGUGGUUUUCAAAAACAUUACAUCACUCUUUAAUUCCUGCAACGUGAUGCUGCUCAAGGAUGACAAUUCACUUAUUACAAAAAUCAGCAACCCAGAAGAUCGUCUUCCCCUCAUGUUGUGCAUUGCAGUCAAGGGUUUGGCUUCUCUUGCACCCCAUGUUUGAUAAUCUGUUGUAACUUAUGAAGACCAAAGGCCCCAAGAAGUUUCUCACUGCAGCCUGCAGUGGACAUCCAUCCCCACCAACAUCCAAGUGUAAGCCACUGCUGCCUCACUGUAGACUACAGCAUGAUGACAAACUAGAACAAGUCCAAUAUGUAAUGGACAUGUAUUUGUGAUGGGUUGUAGCUAGAAAUAAGAAUUAUUUGUAUUUAUAAAAUUACCCAUUACAAUGUGUGCUGUUAUGCCUACACCUACCCCAAAGUUAAAUUCAACCCUAACAGUUAAGCAUGCGCAUUACAAUGCCCAAUGUGACACUUGGAUGAGUGCAGGGUUGCAUGUCUACUGCUUGCUGCAGCGAGACCUACUUGAAGGUCCCCAAAGCCUGCAGGUGGACAAUCUACAAACUGGGAAAGAAACAAUAACAAUCAAGCCCUACAUUGCCUUAAAGCCCGAGUAAUACUUUUGCCUUGCGACGCAUCGUGCACCUCCGCUGACUGCUCAUGCGCCUCACGAAACAGACGAGGCUUUUAUACUUGACGCGUUUGCCGUUGUGAUAUUUUUUUAAAUGACAGGGGGCAGUCAAAAGAAACCCACUGUAAAAUCAGACAGAUAACCAUAAAAGUAGGAAGUUUCUGGAACUACGUCAUAUUAUUAUCAUCAUUCCAGAUUUUUUAAGCACUUCUUUAAUAAAGUAUUUGAAUGAUUGAUUUAUAAAUAUUUCACCAUUUAAGAUUUUUUUUUUAAAUCGAACUGAUGCAUCACAUGCUUUGGUUUAUAUCUCAGACAGUUUUGCCUAUUAAAGUUUAUUAAAAUAUUACUGACAAUUUUUAUCCAAGAAUUAUUGGUCAUUUGAUUAUCCAUAUGAUUACACAUGGACGGAUCAUAAAGAUAUGUGUACAGGCGAACCUGUUUCAGACAAAAUCUCUUUAAAAUUAUUCAUUAUUCAACUCAAAUGAAAUGCGGAACUUUGCUCAACUCUCAAAAAAAUGUCAUGCGCUUCACCAGCCGAAAUCUUGUCAAGCGCACUCAAAGCAAACCUCUGCAAACACAGCGACAUCACAUUCACCAUGUGCAGCCAAAGUAAAACUGACUUCCGGGUCCAAGCGCUCCAUCAAACUAUGGAGACUCAACAAAUAGUAAUAAUAAAUGUUUACAAAGCAAUGUAAUGCUUUUGAAAAUCACAUACAAAUAAUGUCAUACCUUAUAGCCUAUGGCCAGUAAGUGAUUGACUUUUUUUAUAAAUUGUUGUCUAACAAAGUAUUGGUUGUCUAUGAUGCAGCAAGUGCAGAGACGGUUUUGUACACCAGAAAUUUAUAUAAAAUUCACUUUAAUGUGUGAUAUUAACGUUUGGUCAUAAACGAAAAUUCUCUAGUAGCGUCUUGGACCCGGAAACAGAAUUUCAUACGUCAACGACAGAUCAUGACUUAACAUGACUUAACAAGCGGAUACCCAUGGCGCAGCCUUCGUGCGGUCGCAAAAAAAAGGUAACUAUAUGUCGUUGAUUGGUCAGCUUGGUACCUCUAACCUGUGUGGGCGGGAAGUUUUAGCUACUUGUACAUUUUAGACAGUGUUCAGAAAAGACAAAACACCUGAGAAGAAACUCAACAAAGAGGAACACAACCUGCUGCCAGCUAACGUUUUGAAAGUGUUAUUGCAGAACACAAACAGCGCGCAGAAGUAGAAAUUCACAGAAACGCGCAAGGCUUGCACAGUCGGACACGUCGACCCCUCAAAUCAGAAUUAUAAACAAGGUUUUAGUCAUUCCUAACAUCACCACUGAAAUUAAACUGCCUUUAAAUAGUGCUGAUUGUUGUAUAUAUUUAAGUUUUUCAAACCUUUUAAUAUAUUGUAUUGUUAAACAUUGCACAAUAAAUUGUUGACUUUA